GCAAGCAUUUCUACCAGCAAAUCUGCUUGCUGCACUCAGUUUCCUGAAGCACCUGCUGAGCCAAAAAGAGAGGAAAAGAUUCCAUUAUCACACCUACGGGGAAAGGUGGUGUUAGGCACCCACUUGUAUGAGCGCACACACUUGCUUUUACAAAGAAAUUGGGUGUUGCUGAGGAAGCCGAGGGGGGAGGAAAAGAAAGAGAAUUUUCCAAGCAGGAGGUGCAAGCUAGAAUUUCAGACUCACAAAGGGGAAAAGGGGUGGGGGUGACGUGGGAAUUCAGAUGCAUAAAAGGGCUCCAGCUAGUCAUGCUGGAGCUGGUGGCUGCUUUUCAUCCUUCCAACAAGCUCCAGAGCAACACAGCAUCUCUUUACCCAGAGACCCGAGAGAGGAAAACAGGCAAAAAGAUGAGGGUUUCUACGGUGACCACCCUUGCUGUGCUUUCAGUGCAGUUCCUUUCCUUGACACAAGCUGAUGAGAGGUUAGCUAGGAAAAGGCUGGUUGCUGAAGAGGUCCCAGCUGCAUCUGCGAAAGCCAGCAAGAUCCUUGACCUAUCGCAUGCAGAAGGCAGGGGGGUGGGGGUGAGGAGGCAGCCUUCCACCAGGUUGCAGAAGGAGACGGUGGAAGAUGUCAGAGAGGGUGGUGGAAUCCUCCGCAAAGUGGUGAGCAAACCCCAGUUGGGAACCAAUAAGCAGAAAGCCGGCAGCAAGAAACAGGCUCCUCGGCUCUCCCCUCCCAAGAGCAAAAGCCAAGGGCUUCAGCACCACCUGAAAGGCCACGGGAAGUUUAAUACCGAAACAUAUUCCUGCCCUGGAAUCCAGUCAAAGGCUUGCAAGAAACCUUCAGACUGUGAUGGCUGCUUGGGUCUGUACACCUGCAAGCUGCCAAGGGGAAAGUGUGACUUGAAAGCAGUUUCCCGGAAAACAGGUACCACGUAAACUCAGCUCACUUAAAAUACAGGUGGUUUCUCCCAGAGUAUCCAGACAAGAUAGCAUCACUUGGAUCUUGUCCGCCUGGUAGAAAGUGUUUGCUGGAUCUCUCAAGGUGUCAAUAGGUUUUUGGAAACAAAACCACUUAAAAUGAAAACAUACAGCUUGACAGAGUCAAACCUUGCAAGUUACAAAAUCUAAAUGUUGCAGCUUUUGAAUAAAGGACUCAGGACUCUC